AUGAUGUGAAUGAACUCAUGGAAGUUGAAAAUCGCGCCAAUUUAUAAGUUUUAUGGAGAUGCGUUUAAUUCAAGGCUGUAGACAUGUUCUAAAUACAUCGAUGGAGUUGACGACAGUAGCUGGGGUAUUUAUUUUAAUGUUUUAUUAAUUCUGGGACGGUUAAACAUGGAAGGGUUUGAAAUCCAACCGUCGACCUCGAGUAGACAAAGAACUGGAUCAAACGCCACUGUGGAUGAUAGUUUAUCUGAGAUGUCGGGCACAAAAGUUGAUCUAGAAGCACUUCGAAGAGAGAGGAGUCAUCGUAAAGAAGCAGAUCAGUUGUAUACAAGACUACAAGCAGAAUACGAUAACCUAUUAACUAAAUAUGCUCAAGCUGAAAAUACUAUAGACCAACUGCGUAUAGGAGCUAAGCUCAAUUUAUACAGUGAUCUACCUCCUCCACAACGAGGACAAGUGAUAAGUGUUUCCACAGGAAAACAACCUAGGAUAUUUGACUUCCCUCGGGCUAAUCAGGCAGUUCUGAGCCCCUCAACAAAUGUGGAGCAUGAUCGCUCAACUUCUCGCGAUUCUAUCGGCACCGGAGGGAAUUCGAAUUUAGCUCUUACUCCAGACUUGCGCGCUGAGGGAAUUCGAACUUCUUUGAUGUUCCAAGUAGAAUCAUUGCAGGAAAAUAUAGAUGAUUUACAGGAGCAAGUGACACAUGGUGAAUGGAGUGAGCCCGAAUUAAAGGAAUUACACGAAAUUUGUACACACUUGAUCAGACAACACAAGCAAAUGAAACGCGAACUAAAAGAGGCAAAGAACCUCGAAAAUAGAUCUCGAGGAAAAAGCUUGUCAGAGACUGAAAGUUUGAAUGGAGAGUUUCUUCUUGAAGACAGUUUAGAGGGACAGUUAUACAGACUUGGCUUGAGGUUGGAUGAAGUCAAUGAGCAAAUAGAGAGUAGCUUGUUGCCCUUAGUAACACCCUUAGCUCAAGAAAGUCGAGUGCAAGAUUACAGUGGCAAUGGGUUACCGCACACAGGCAGUGACAUCCAAGGACUAAGACAGAGGCUUCAAAGAGUAAAAGAUUUGUCCAAACAAGAUGACAACUUAUCAAGGAGUGCAAACAGUCUGGCUGACGUUGAAGAUAUCGAGUCGAACGAUGAAUUUUCUCAAAGAGGAGAAAAUUCGAGACAUUUCUCUCUUGAUGCUCUCCCACAUGAGGACGACGACGACGAAGACGCAAAAAACGGCGAGCGAGGAAUCGACCUUCAAGAAUCUGGCUAUUUCGCGUCCGAGACCAUGAGCGUGUCACAGCACUCCGAACCACUCUCCAACACCUACCUCUCAAACAGCGCGGGCGCAGGCCAGCUGGACUUCCCCAGAGACGAGACGUCACUCUUCGAUCAAAAUAGCGUGACGUCAUCACCCGAAGAUCAUAGGCGUGACUCCACUGCAUUUGUCAGCCCCGACCCUCCCCUCCCUCGAGCGACAAGCCAACGCAAUCGAUCAAGCACGAAUGAGUCUUAUCUCAGAGCAUCGCGGGGAACAUCCCAACCUUAUCCGUCCCAAUCGCAAAACACAGCCUACCCAGAAAGCCCAGAUACCCCUCAGCCACAAGCCUCCUCCAGCUUCCUGCCAGAGCAACCAAGGCCACGUUCACACUCGCAAACUAGUAGGCGAUCCCGUGCAAGCACGUCUGAGUCCCGCAAACCUCGGGAUCCUCUCGGGUCCCGUCAGGCGCCAGGUCACGUGGAUAUUUUAAGGACCAAUCACGACGACCCUUACGCUAAAUUAAACGAAAGCAGAGACAGUUCCCAGAGUUCCCCGCGGAAUAACCGCAACGCAUUGCAGAACUCUGUAAAACCCAGUCCCAGAGAGAGAUCUCAAGCUCCCUCCCACAGGCCUGUCGCGAGGAGUAUGUCAGGCGAUAGUCGUGUAUCAACUCCGCUCUUUUUACCGCACCCUGGGGCGAGACCCAAAUUAUCAAACCGACCGAGCAAACAUCGACCAGUACAAGCCGAGACGGAGAGGGGAUUUGAUAGCGGCUUUUUCGGAUCGGAAGGAAGCCGAGUGUCCCGGUCCGUGUAUUCCCCGGAUGUUGCGCCCGCACGCCCUGUUGACAAGAGCCAGCGUACGCUUAUAAGGCAGCCCUCGGUGACCGAAUCCGAGGAAGAGCCUCUUCAUGUUUCUGCAGCCCAAACUCCUUUGCGGUCCGCUUCCAGGUCACGUGACCAACGAAGGCGCCGCUCUCGACUCCAAUCCCUCUCUGAAACGGAUGAAGAAUUGGAAAUGGAAACCAGUACAAAAACUCCGAUGCGCGAUCGACGUGGGCAUCGCCACACACCGACUUUCCCCGGCAGCCGAUCGGACGCCGAAAGAUCCCGACGGAUAGAUAACCUGCGAAGACCUUCGUCGUCACCUAAUCUUUACGAUCCAGCGUCGGACAGGCUUACCUCAUCGGGAUUGGGUCGGAGCACGUCGUCUCGUCACCAGGCCUCCAGGCGAACAAAGGUCGACCUCGAUACAACCGGCCCCCGCUCCGACCAUGAAAACCGGCCAAUGGACAAACAGAGUCUGCGAGGCUAUCCCAUGGACCGUGAGUCUGUGCGGUCAGGAAGACGGUCGAGGAGAGAUGGGGAUAGCAGCAGUGCAUAUAGCGAUGGCGCAAGAAAAUACAAACGGGAUCCCGUGGAAAAGCUGAGGGCGGAGCUUCAGAGGCUUGGUGCGCAGUUGCAAGAGGAGGCUAGCGCGCGGACCAUGCAGACCCACAUGUACGACGACCUCCGACGCAAACACGACGACCUCGAGCGCGAAAUCGCACGCAGAAACGCCGAGCAGCAGAUGUCCAGUAUGUACAACGGGCUACGAAGCAAGUACGACGAAUUGGCGAGUCGAAUGGGGGAACCGUCGAGAACUCCUCGGCAGGGUACCGACGACGAGCUGAAGCGAUGUUUGGAAGAGCUAGCGAAAGAAGUCCGAGAAUUGAAAACUAACAAAGGAAGCGAGAACCCCGGUGAAGUGCGGUUUUUGUGCCCGUUCUGUGGGGGGUGUGGUGGCCACCAUCAUGGGGACUAUUAUUAUCCUGGAUAUGCCGGACCCGCCGCGCCCGCCCCCGACAGACCCCCUUCGACGCAUCAUGAGACCCAGGCUCCUUAUUCGGGGACGGCACCACUGCAUGCACGUCACGCAACUACUCCCACCGCUACAUCCACACCAUUCUACCAGGGUGUCGGCGUAUCGCCCAUCCACCAACACACAAGUACUUAUCCCGGCGCUGUUUCGGGGUCACAUGGGUUUGUUGCGGGACCACACGGGAUUCUUACGGGAUCGCCCAUCCAUCAUAUCCAUCAUCUCCCAAGAAGCCGUGCAGGCAGGCUUUUGGACGAGGAGCCUGGUGACUACAGUAGUGAUGAAGAAGAGCGGUACCAGUCCAAACGCCGGAGUGGGAGUACAAGACCUCGAAGAACGCCUAGGAGAUCUUUCUAUGAAGAUGAGAUGUUGGACAGCCAUCGCCUUCAUUUAUCCCUGGACGAGGCUAACCGAGCCGCACGGCACAUGCAGAAAGUAUCUAAGCGUAUGCUCAGCUCCAUAGCCAGCGAUUUGAUUCGCUCAGGGCAGAGAUAGCGACUUGAUUCGCUCAGGGCUGAGAUAGUGACUUGAUUCGCUCAGGGCAGAGAUAGCGACUUGAUUCGCUCAGGGCAGAGAUAGUGACUUGAUUCGAUCAGUCCAGAGAUAGUGACUUGAUUCGAUCAUGCCAGAGAUAGCGACUUGAUUCGAUCAUGCUAGAGAUAGCGACUUGAUUCGAUCAUGCCAGAGAUAGCGACUUGAUUCGAUCAUGCCAGAGAUAGCGACUUGAUUCGCUCAGGCCAUAGAUAGUGACUUGAUUCGAUCAGGCUAGAGACAGUGACUUGACUUCAUUUGGCCAGAGAUUGCGUCUUGAUUCGGGCCAAGAGGGCAUCACCAAAUUACGUAGCUGAACCGGGGUUUCCACACCAUGUUGAUAAUUGGCAUUGGCCAUUUGCGCCGACACCGUUUAAAGAAGGCGUAUUUUAUAGCUAACAUGGCUCAUACAUGGUACAUGGAUGGUACACGGUUCUCUAGCUCAGCGUUAUUUCAAAUACGUGUGUACUUUCUAGUCGAACUUGUCUUUCUUAUUUAGCCUCAACUUCUACAGUUGUUCAAACAUUUUACGCUAAUUGAAUACAAUGAGAAAAGCGAAGCUUCAAUUAUAGCCACAAAACGUGGCACACAUUUUAUAUCAAUAAUAUAUCCCCGGCUUAACCGUUUUUAUUUCGAUCGUUGCAUUAUUUACAGACUCAUGUCUCGUUAAAGGUUGCACUGAAGAAUCUAUGUGUAGUUACCUGCAGUGCUUCAUGGGAAACAAAUGAACGAGCAUAAUGAGAAAUGAAUCAUGGUUCAGAAUGCUGUAGUAUUCCUAUUUGUGUGCCUCUAAACCAUUCCAUUUGUUUUAGAGACCAGGAUCUAGCAGAUCUUACUCUACUCAUGAACCACUGCGGAUUACGGCAAUUAUAUUCCCCGAGAGCAACCUUAUUUGAAAUAGGUGUACAUCUAUUUUAUUUUAGAAUCAAAAAGCCCAAACUGUCGCGAUCUCGCACCAGAACAAUGAAUACAAUACACCAAAAACUGGAAUUCGACUCUGCCAAAUUUUCGUCUUUAAUAAGACUUCUUCAGGGCAGGCCCAGACAGAAAUACUGCAGUUUUCCAAACAUGUAUUUAUGUUAAAUUGCUCGAUUUGCUCACGUAGCACUUCGGGCUAAGUUAUAAAUGGAAAAUCGAGAACCUUAUUUUAAAUUGCUAAAUAUCGUGUAAAUACCAUACUCCAGUUUGAUCUUGUUUGUACAUUUUUAUUCUCACGUAAGAAUAACGUGAGGAGCUCGUCAUGGAAGGAUGUGACUCAAGUAAAUGCAUCUAUAUUUUUA